GCUCGCUACAUGUUCAUGACUCUCCCACUCUCUCUCUCUCUCUAAGCUUCUGAGCUUCAUCAGAUUCUGACACCCAAAUUAGCCCACCCCAUGCAUUGCUGCUUUAUGCCCAUGUCAUGCCCCCAUCAUGGACCCCUCUUCCUCAUCAGCAGCCUCUCUCAUUGUUCCUAUCAUCGGUCUUCUUCAUGAUGGGAUGACAUGGUUCCUGACAGAAGGCCACAUCCAUCAUGCUCCUUCCUCCAUCUCCCUUCUCCCAGUUGGUCACAUAUAGCAAACACCGCCUCUUAUGCUGUGUAUUCUCUCUGCUGCUCCGAUGGCUUCCAAGUGCUUCUACUUAAAUCUCCUUGUCGUAUUCUUCUCCUCCUUCGACGUUUCCUUCUCCUUUGAACCACUAAACAUUGAAGUGGAGGCUCUGAUAGCCAUUAGAAGCGAAUUGCACGAUCCGCAUAAGGUUCUGAACAAUUGGGACGAAGACUCUGUUGAUCCCUGCAGCUGGGCGAUGAUCACUUGUUCCUCAGAGAAUCAUGUUAUUAGCCUGGAAGCAUCAAGCCAGAGUCUCUCAGGAAGGCUCUCUGCGAGGAUUGGGAACCUCACCAAUCUCCAACAAGUAUUGUUGCAGAACAACAACAUAUCAGGCGGGCUGCCACCGGAGCUGGGACUACUUCCAAAGCUCCAGGCCUUGGACCUCUCCAACAACCGCUUCAACGGCAGCGUACCCGAAUCCUUGGGCCGCCUCCAUAGCCUUCGAUAUCUGCGACUAAACAACAACAGCUUGUCUGGUGUCGUCCCCGAGUCGCUGUCAAGAAUUCCACAGGACUCUUUCCUGGACUUGUCUUACAACAAUCUCAGCGGGCCUGUUCCUGUGUUCCCAACCAGAACUUUCAACAUUGUGGGGAAUCCUCUGAUAUGUGGAAGCCGGAGGAGGGAGGAGUGCUCGCGAACAACCCCCAGCCCUCUUCCCUACCUCUUGGAUUCACCAAAUCAGAAGAGAUCGAAGGCCAAGAAGCUAGCCAUUGCGAUGGGCGCCAGCGUCGGCGGCUCGUCGCUAUUGCUCCUCCUCGCGCUGUUUCUCUUCCUCUGCCGCCGAAAGCGGCAGAAGAACCAAUGGAGACUCGGGCUGAGUGAGAGGGAAGAGGAGGAGGUGGUGGUGCGGGGGCUGGGGAACCUGCGGCGGUUCACUCUGCGGGAGCUGCGGGCGGCGACGGAGAACUUCAGCUGUCGAAACGUGCUUGGGAAGGGCGGGUUCGGGCACGUAUACAGGGGCCGGCUUGCUGACGGCACAGUGGUGGCGGUGAAGCGGCUCCGGGCGGACGCCGUCGGCUCGGGCGACGGCGAGGCGCAGUUCCGCACGGAAGUGGAGAUGAUCAGCCUCGCCAUCCACCGCAACCUACUCCGCCUCCUCGGCUACUGCGCUGCCGCCGGCGAGCGACUCCUCGUGUACCCCUUCAUGCCCAAUGGCAGCGUCGCAGCCCGCCUUCGCGGUAAGCCUCCGCUGGACUGGAGCACGAGGAAGCGGAUCGCGGUGGGCGCGGCGAGGGGCCUCCUGUACCUGCACGAGCAGUGCGACCCCAAGAUCCUCCACCGGGACGUGAAGGCCGCCAACGUGCUGCUCGACGGCUGCUGCGAGGCCGUCGUGGGCGACUUCGGCCUCGCGAAGCUGCUCGACCACGGCGACUCCCACGUCACCACCGCCGUCCGCGGCACCGUCGGCCACAUCGCCCCCGAGUACCUCUCGACGGGGCAGUCCUCCGACAAGACCGAUGUCUACGGCUUCGGGGUCCUCCUCCUCGAGCUCGUCUCCGGCCGGCGCGUGCUCGAGUUCGGCAAGGGGCCGAACCAGAACCACAAGUGUGCGAUGCUGGGCUGGGUGUGGAAGGUGUAUCAAGAGAGAAGACUCGAUGCAUUGGUGGACCGGGAUCUGGGCAGCAACUACGAUCGGAUAGAGGUGGCGGAGAUGGUGCAGGUGGCGCUCCUGUGCACCCAAAACCUGCCGUCCCACCGCCCGAAGAUGUCGGAGGUGGUGCGGAUGCUCGAGGGUGACGGGCUCGCUGACAAGUGGGAGGCUUCGAACCGGCCGGUGAUGCAAGCCGAUGCCCCCAGCUCGGGCACUCAUCCUGACACCCACGCCUUCUUCGCGGUCAAUGGCGACGACGACGAUGGCAGCAACGAUGACGCAGCUUCGGCCGACAUGGUCGAGGAAAUGGAACUAUCUGGUCCCAGGUAGCGGUGGUUGAACUACUCCACCCUAUUGUAGAUCGACCAAAGAAUACGAUGUUGCUUGUCGUGCAUUAUCUGUUUCAGAAAUGAAAGGAGAAUAUAAUUCCUUUCUUUUUUUUUGUAGCUGUAAAUGUAAGCGAUUUCUUUUUAAUUCUUUUAAGCAGCCUUUUCUUCA